AUGUCGAUUUAUUACGCAACUACGACCGGGUCGACGAUGGUGGGCAAUAAUGCACGCGAAAUCCUCCAACCGCCACCAACGAAAACCUGGGCGAGCCUGUUCGAGGCUAAAACGGGCAAUAAAACUCCUAUCAAUCAAUUUCCCUCAAAUUAUCAGUCAGAGAAUCGUCCUAUUUCUCUCUUACCUCGCAGCCUCACUAAUCGCUCAAACUAUUGCUACGUGAAUGCUAUCCUGCAAGCCCUGUUCGCUUGUUCGCCUUUCAACAACAUGCUGACAGCGCUCCCGUCGUCGCAAGCGCGUAGCGGCAAUUCGAGCACACCUUCAAUCGAUUCGCUAAAAGUACUGUGCUCGGAGUAUAGCAUGGUAGCGAGUUCCUCGCGUUCUGGGCACAGGCGGACGGCAGUCACGGGGCCGCCGCUGGACGGCUUUGCGAGCGUCCGGGUGCUGAGGGCUCUGAGGCAAUUUUCUGGCGCACAGGGAAACAGACAGGAAGACGCAGAAGAAUUUCUGAGCUGUAUCCUUAAUACGCUCAAUGACGAAAUGCUCGAGGUCAUAAAAGCAAAUGAGCCCGAAGAGCCUACACGGGACGCCAUUAAAAAAUCGAAUAGUGUCGUCGCACAAGACCAGUCUGUCUGUACGGUGCGUCGCACACCGGUGGCGGAUAUCUUUCGCGGCCUAACGCGGACCCGCCUGCACCGCGCCCCGAACCACAACGUCACGGAUAACGUGCAGCCUUUCUUCACCCUGCAGCUCGACAUUGAGCGUUCCAACACAGUUCAGGACGCCUUGGAACUCUUGGCAGCCAAGGAUGCCAUAGAAAGCGUUCCUGGUGCUUGGCAACAGCUCUCAUUUGCACGGCUGCCUUUAGUACUGCUGCUGCAUCUCAAGUGCUACCAGGUUGACGGGAACGGUCACGCCAAGAAGAUCAUCAAGAAUUUUGAUUUUCCCGUCGACCUCAAUAUUCAUCCAAGUACGUAUUACCUCUCGGUCAUCUACAAAUCAACCACUAGUGAAAAUAAUAUUGACCCUGUUAAUAAAUAG